AUCAGGAGCGUCAACGGAAUGGGGGCGAAAUCGUGCGUUCUUAAGAACACUAGAAUAACCUGGUGACCUCCACGCCAUAACAUAUGCGAUAUGUCAUGGCAAUUCACUCGUUAUAUCAUCUCAUUCUAGCAAGGAGAGUAUUCUAGUAUGCAGGAUAAGAGAGCGCAAACUUUUUCUUUGGAGAUGAUUACUAUAACAGCCCACGCGCAUGGCCAUACGCUCUCCACUUGAACAUCGGUAAUCCUUUCACGGUCCCCAAUGCUCCUACGCUUUGUUGAUGCUAGAAUUUGUGCAUAAAUUUCCUUGUACGCAGCCUUUGAAUAUGUUUUAGGUGCACGCAUGGUCUAUUACUGUACGGACACUCCUGGAGCUAGCUACAAACCUCUACAAACAUAAAUCCGGAGCUAUUUCCUAGAACUUGUCUAACUUACGAGGCAAGCAAGUUUCUGAAAUUGACGCAAAUUGAUCUAGUAAUAGAAAAUCAGCUACAGAAGAGAAUGGGUGACGUCUCGCACCUACUGAAGGACCACUUUCCUCCCUUAGCCUAUUACUUCUACAACCUGAAGCAGCGCGUCCUCUUUGAUGCUUACGCCUACAAUGUAAAAUUCUCCUCAAAAGCCGAACACUUCGACCUCAUCACCUCUACUACAUCAACCGGCCGUUUAGAUGGCGUGGAGUGUCUAGGCGCACUCGUAGUUUAUUAUGAUCCUAAGUUGCACGAUUUGAAGAUGCUGUAUAAGAGCAAGUCUUGUCCUACAGCGGAAGACGUUGUGUUUGAAGCUAAGUAUCGGCUCAAGGUUAUGAGCACUAUAGUAGAUAAGAUGGAUGAAGGAAAUACAUGGGCGCCAGAAGAGGCAAGUGAACAAAAGCCUUUAACUGGAGCGUUAACGAAGAAGGAGAAGGGAGAUGACGCGCAAGCCACAAAAGACGAUUUCAGUCGCCAAACAGAGCUACUGGUGAUUGUGACGGUACUGGAAAAGCCGACAAGAACAGGGGCAAGAUCGUUCCGAAGCAGCCAACCACCCUCGCUGACCGGACCAAAGCUGAAGCUGCUACUAUCAUGCUUGAUCCGAAGCGCAAGUCGGCCGCCGAGGAUGAUGUAGAUCGCAUGAAGAGUAUAAAAUCGAUGACAAAGAACGUACUUUGUUGGCGAAAAGAAGAUAGACCCAACUACCCAGUCACAGGAGAAGGCCCUGCCUAGCCCGCCGCCUUUUCCUCGAUAAGGUUGAAGCCUCCUCAAACUAAGAAGUAGCCUUAAGUGGCACGUUGAUUCUGGGCUGGGGGCAAAGAAACAUCUAGGAAAGAUAUGGC